AUGAAGGGUUCGUUUGCCUCUCUCGUCGCCUUGCUGGCUGUCAAUGUUGUUGCAACACCUAGUUUCCGCAACAUCUUUGGUCUUGAGAAAAGACAAGCUGGACGAUGCGGGACAGGUUUUGGAGGUGUAUGCGCUGCUAAUGAGUGCUGUUCAAGCGCUGGUUGGUGUGGAACGGGAUACCUUUACUGCUCUGCCCCGUCGUGUCAGAUAGAGUACGGCCCUGGUUGUGAUGCGAAUGUCAGACCUACUGGGCCUGAUACUACCAAUGUUGCAAGGCCGAAGGUGGGAAGUAUUCCAUACGGACAGGCGAUCUAUCGGUGCAAUCGAAAUGGCGAUAUUGCCAUAACGUAUGAUGAUGGUCCGUAUACUUAUACCGAAGAUCUGCUUGAUCUGCUCCAACGCUACAAUGUCAAAGCAACAUUCUACAUCACAGGUCGCAAUCUCGGCAAGGGCGCCAUUAACGAUCCCGCAACCCCAUGGCCUGGCCUGAUCCGCCGCAUGAUUCGUGACGGUCACCAGAUCGCCAGUCACACAUGGUCUCAUCAGCGUCUUACCACUCUAUCGCGCGCCAAGUUCUGGAACCAGAUGAUCUUCAACGAGAUCGCCUUUGCGGACAUACUGGGCUACUUCCCAACGUACAUGCGUCCCCCGUACUCAGCCAGCAACGCUACUACCGAUGCUUGGCUAGGCGAGCUGGGAUAUCAUGUCACCUACUUCAACUUGGAUACUGAAGGUUAUCUGCACGACAGCCCAAACACCAUCGGUACCUCGAAGCAGAUCUGGGAUACCACCGUAGAGGGUAAAUCCCCUGCGAGUAACAAGUGGCUUCACAUCGAGCACGACCCUGUGUACCAGAGCGUGUACAACCUCACAGAGUACAUGCUCAAGUCUCUUGUCCGCAACAACUUCCGCGGCGUAACAGUCGGCGAGUGCCUCGAGGAUCCCAAAGCAAACUGGUACCGUUCAGUUACCCCCUCAUCUGCCUCUACCACUACGACAGCGGCCACCAGCUCUGCUACGUUCCCGCUGACUACAAACGGACGUUGCGGUUCUCGACACGGUGGCGCAACGUGCAGAGGAGAGUUCAAUGGCGAGACGUGCUGUUCGCAGAACGGGUGGUGCGGGAGUACGGAUGCGCACUGCGGGAGGGGAUGCCAACCUGUCUUCGGUACGUGCAGUGGGGUUUCGGAGCCGGCGGGACCGGAGCCGACUGCAACGAACCCGGGCCGAUGCGGUUCUGCCUUUGGAGGCAAGAAAUGUGAUCAGUGGGAUCCGUGUUGCUCGAGAGCUGGAUGGUGUGGAACUUCAAGUGAUCACUGUGGGAGCGGAUGUCAGAGCGCAUUCGGAACAUGCAAUUGA